CCCUAGUCGUGCUGACGACGCCUUUUGGCGGUUUACUGGUGUCCUGCUAACGACGCCUUUUGGCGUUCUGGAUAUGAGGACGGUAUUCCCUGGUUAAUAAAUCAAAUUUCAUGAUAUAUUGAGAUCUAUAUUUUAAAAGGAUGUGAUACCUAGAUAGUCCCGUAUAUUUUCUUUCCGGUCACACUGGAAAAACAAGUUGUAGUGACUGGCAUAAUCUAUAGGGGCCGGAAAAUCCCUGCAAAUCGGAAGAUUUUCCGGAAAUCGCGACAUUUUAUAGAUCGUUACGUCACCGGAAACAUGUGUAACGUUUUCAGUGCAGCGUGCGCAGAAAACCAAUGACAGGUGCACGGAGUAGUUCCGUGUUACUGGUUGAAUUUUCCAUUAAUUAACAGAUGUCAGGCCGCGAGACUAAAUCGAUUCAAAUCUAAAGGUAAUUAUUAAUCGUUCUGAUGCGUGUAAAUUAUUAUAUAUUCCAAAUUUAGUGAGAUAUUCAAGAAAACGAGGAUCGAGUUUUAGGCGCAAGAUCGACGGUUACGUCACCACUUUAUGUGUACGAUAGAUUACUUGCCGGUAGAUUAGUCAUAUUUUGGAAGAAAAACUUUUGGUCCUUGUUAAUAAAUGAUCAAAACAUCUACAUACGAUAUUUUUAUUUAUUUAUUAAUUGGUUAAUGAUGUUGGGAAAUAACGUAGCUGGAUUUAUAUAACAGAAUGAUACUAUACAAGUGUGUCUGCCUUCGUCGGUAAUGUAAACAAAUAUGGCGGGGCAACAGUACGCCGGCGAGCUGGCGCAGGUAUUACCGGAGUAUCAUCAGAUUUACCAAGAAAUAUUUUUAGAUGAAGAUAGUGACGAAUUUGAAGGUUUUGACAUCAACGAUAUUGAUGAUAUUUCCGAGGAAGAAACGGGAUUUCACGACAAUAAUUGGGUCGAAGGCAGCAAGGAACCAUCUACUUUCACUUUUACCGGUAAUGCCGGUAUCAACACGGAAGUCUUGCCAGUACCUGAAGAAGGUAGCUUAUCAUAUUUGGAUUACUUUGAGUGUAUUUUUACUGACAACAUACUUGAAAUGAUUGUAGAGGAAACCAAUAGAUAUGCUGCCACGUACAUUCAAACACACACAGAUCUUCCAAGUCACUCUCGGUAUCGGAAAUGGACAGACACAACAGUUGGAGAAAUGAAAGCUUUCAUCGGAAUGACGAUUGCUAUGGGCCUUGUUCAGCAGAUGGAUAUACAGGACUAUUGGUCCAAUGAUGUUGUGAUAAACACACCAUUUUUCAGGUCAGUGAUGUCAAGAGAUAGAUUCCUAUCACUCCUAAGUGUACUUCACCUGGCAGAUAAUACUGCGUCAGUUCCUAGAGGGCAACCAGGCUACUCUCCUUUGCAAAAACUUGGAGACCCGUACAAAGAGAUCCUUUCUAACUUUCAGAGGUGUUACAAUCCAAGCAAGAACAUUGCGAUUGAUGAAGGGAUGAUACCCUGGAGAGGGAAACUGCAUUUUAGAGUUUAUAGCCCUGACAAGCCCAUUAAAUAUGGACUGAAAGUUUACAUGUUGUGUGACUCUGACAAUGGCUAUUGUAGCCGCAUGGAAUUAUACACUGGUCAUGGAGGACAGAAUAUGGCACCAAGUCAGUUUGGAGCAACAUAUGAUCUAAUCAUGCGUCUUGCUGAUCCUUUUCUUAACAAAGGCUACCAUUUAUACAUGGAUAACUACUUCAGUAGUCCACACUUAUUCUAUUCCUUGUAUCUCAACGGAACCUUGGCAUGUGGUACUUUGCGAAAAAACAGACGUGGUGUUCCUCAGGCUCUAAAGAACCGGAACCUGAUUAGAGGCGAGAUGUUCACAAUGAACAAUGACAUGCUUGUUGCAGUCAAGUACGCAGACAAAAAGGAUGUACAUCUUCUUACAACAAUACACAAAGGUGUCAUGGUAGACUCUGGUAAAAGAGACCAGGAAGGAAUUGAAAUAAGGAAACCUGACUGCAUACUUAGUUAUAACAAAUAUAUGGGUGCUGUUGAUCGAUGUGACCAGAUGGUAGCAUAUGGAAGUUUUGAACGACGCACUUUGAAGUGGUGGAAAAAGGUAUUUUUUCAUGUAAUUGGCCUUGCUGUGCUAAAUUCGUACAUCAUUUACAAAACAAGAUGUCAGCAACCUGUCCUGCAGAGAGUGUUUCGAAGAGAGUUGGUGAAUCAGCUGGUGACUGCUUCAGAAAUUUCUGGUGCUUCACCUAGGGGUAGGAAAAGAACAUCCGCAGAAGUUCUGCAAAGACUGACUGCAAGACACUUCAUCUGCCACUUGCCAUCAUCAGGAAAGAGAGAUCAUGCUAAGCGCCGAUGUGUUGUAUGUGGACCUGCUGAAGCAGAGUUAUUCAGAAGUUCUCAUCCUGAUGAACCAGUGCCGAAACGAACUGGGCGAGAAACUUCAUUUCAGUGCAAACAAUGUCAAGUGGCACUGUGCAUUGAGCCAUGCUUUGAACUUUUCCACACAAAGUCUGAAUAUGUGCUGGCAUACAAACGCCAAAAGUCUGCACUGGAGGAAUAGACUUUUAAACUUCACCAAAACUGUACAUAGUUUAAUUGUUAUUGUUGACAUUUUUUCACAAGUUCGAAUGUAUGGCAUAUUGGAAUGAAUCUCGCAUAGUUUUUCAGGUAAGUGAGUUUACAGAGUUUCCAGUUUAAAACUUCAGCUGUACACAGUACAGCAAAGUACAAUCAGUACUAUUAUUAUGUCCUUAUGAACGUAAAACAUUUUUGAAGGUCUGCAUCAUGUGUGACAAUGACCUUUACUGCAGGUUUGUACUACAAAAUGUCUCUAAUGCAGUUUUAUCCAUAUCAGCCUUCUGAAACAUUACCAAACCACAGAUCAGUAUUUUAUAAAGGGACAUAAUAUAAUCACGCAUUUUCCUUAACUUAAAUUAUCCCAAUAUUACUAAGUACUCCUAAUGGAAUACUACUUGAAUGCAUAAGGAAGUAAUAAGCUCUGUUAUGAUUACAGACUUUAGGCUUCGGAAAAUGUUGAAUCUUUUUUUAUAGAUGCUUUAUGUUGGUGCGAGUCAUAAUACAAAGGAGAUAACUGAUUGUCUCUGAAUGUAUUGUAAGGAUUUUGGUAAGUUUUGAAAUCCGAAGGUUUAUUGCAGAUUUAUUGUUCUUUCAGUUGCCAUCAUUGAAGCCUUCAUGAUAGUUUAUAAAAAUUUUGUCCAAGUUUGUUGUACCAGUAUAUUGUAAUAGAUGGCAUAAAAUGGACAUCAACACAAAUUCUUCUCAAGUCCUGAAGAUUUUCCAUCUCCAUUCACACCUGAGCCGAAUUCACAUCAUUUCCCAUAUCGAUCUCAAAAUCAAUAAUUAUUUAUUGGAAUUGUACUGUUUACAACAUAUAUAUAUAUAUAACAAUAUAAAAAGAAGAGAUGUUCUGGGAAAAAAACCAGCUGGUACAUAAUGUACACCAAUCAUCCUCUUCAUGGCCAAGUACAUGUAUACAAAUGAAAAUGCUCCUUGUGGUAAUGAGCCCUCAUUUUGAAGAAAACCAUAACAUAUUACUAAAGUAAAUGAUCAAAAUCAUGUAGUAAAACUUGUUUUAAACAUUUUAAAGCAUUUUUAAUUUUUUUGAAUUUUUGAUUUUUUUCCCAAACAAUUCAGCAUUCAGACAUAGCCAAAAUAAAACAAUUCAGCACUACUAGGGU